CCAGCUCACUUCCGGGAACGCAACACCGCACAUGUGCACGCCAGGUCAUCUUGUGCGAUCAGUUGAAAAGGGCUAAAAUCCACCUACCUACUACCAUUCAACAUCCAAUCGCCGUCUUCAACCCGGCAACAUCACGACAGUCAAGAUGCAUGGAAUAACAGAUCAAAUACUGCAUGCGGUGCUUCAACACUGGGCCUCGGCACUAGUUAUCAUCAUUGCCGCAUGGCUCCUCCGAAACCGAUACCACAACGGACUGAACAAAUACCCUGGGCCCUUUCUGGCGUCUCUGACAGACUGGUGGAGGUUUGUGGACGUAUGGAACAGGCGGCCAGAGCUCACCCACCUCAAACUCCACGAGAAGCAUGGAGACGUCGUACGGCUUGGACCAAACACCUUGUCCUUCGCGGAUCCGGCAGCUCUGAAGGCGAUAUAUGGUCUGAACAAAGGCUAUGUUAAGUCUGAUUUCUAUGUUGUGCAACAAGCCGUCGUCAAAGGCCAGUCGCAACCGAGUCUGUUCAGCACCGUCGACAACGACUUCCACCAGCAGUUCCGACGUUGCGUGAACUCGGCCUUUGCCAUGUCGGCCCUCGUGCAAUACGAGCCGUUUGUUGAUAAUACCACGAAACUAUUCCUCAAGCAGACACAGCGCCUCUUCGCCAACAAAUCGGAAGGCUGCGACUUCACUCGCUGGCUUCAGUUCUACGCUUUCGACGUCAUCGGCGAAAUCACCUACAGCAAACGCCAUGGGUUUGUUGAGAAGAACGAGGACAUCGACGGAAUCGUAUCAUACCUGACCCAGCUGUUCAAUUAUGUGGCACCCAUCGGACAGAUUCCCCUCCUAGACCGCCUCUUCUUGAAGAACCCCAUCUACCUCAAGCUUGGUGAAUGGGGCCUCAUCGACGCGACCUUCCCCGUCGCCAAGUUCGCCCGAGCGCGCAUGGCCGAGCGCCUGCCCGAUCUCAACAGCGAGAAGGGCAACAUCCUGCCCACAUCAGACAAGAAGAAACCCACGCUUGACUUGCUGUCCAAGUUUCUCGCCGCCCAGGAGACACGCCCCGAAUUCAUGACGGACGGCCUCGUGCAGACCAUGGCGGUGUCGAUGGCUUUCGCGGGCUCCGAGACCACCGCCAUUAGCCUCGGCGCCACCUUCUACUACCUCCUGCGCAACCCGGCCGCGAUGGCAAGGCUUCGGGCCGAGCUGGAUGAGGCAGGCCGCAAGGGUGUCUUCCACGACAAUGAGACGGGCCUCGUAACCUGGGCUGAGGCGCAGAAGCUUCCAUACCUGGAUGCGUGCAUCAAGGAGGCUUUCCGGGUCCACCCAGCCCCCGGCCUACCCAUGGAGCGCAUCGUCCCGCCCCAGGGCGCCGAGAUUGCCGGCCGUUUCAUCCCCGGUGGGACCAUCGUGGGCUGCUCCGCGUGGGUAUUCCAUCGCAAUAAGAGAAUCUUCGGCGAGGACGCGGACGUGUAUAGGCCGGAGAGGUGGCUGGUGGAUGAGUCUCUCGACAAGGAGAAGGAGGAGGCCAGGGUCAAAGAGAUGACGGGCACCAUGCUACAGUUUGGUAUGGGUAGCCGGACGUGUAUCGGGAAGAACAUCAGCCUGCUGGAGAUAUACAAGCUCGUACCUAGCUUGCUACGGGCUUUUGACAUUGAUUUCCAAGACCCUUCCAAGGACUGGAAGAUUACGAACUCGUGGUUCGUCAAGCAGUCAGACUUCUGGACGACGUUCUCGCCAAGGACGAUACCGCAACCUGAGGCGGAUGCCCUGACAGAAAAGGGGGAACAGGUAUCUGCGACUUAG